GGGAAGAGUCCAUCAUAUUAUUGAACCGCAACCGCGACAAACAUGAUGUGCAGUCUUGAAUCAUGUUGGCUGGUUUUCUACUGAAAAUCUUAAGUCAAUUUCCCAUUGAAAUUCUUCUCUUCAGUUCUCAAUUAUAAGCUCAAAACUGAAAAACAAUUAAUGAUCGACCAUCUCACAACAAGAAUUGCCAUGGUUUCUUCAACACGUUUCAACUGGCUGUUGACACAACAAGAAUUGCCAGUUGAUAAACUCUUUUUUCAACUGGUUUCAACUGGUUCCUGUUGGCACAACAAGAAUUGCCAGUUGGUAACUGGUAAGUUCAACUGGUUUCAACUGGUUCUGCUGAAUCCAGUUGAGCUACCAGUUGAAACCAGUUGAAUCGAACAGGUACCAGUUGGACACCAGUUAAUCCCAGUUAAUCCCAGUUAACACCAGUUGAAAUUGUAACUGGUUUCAACUGGAAUUUUCACCUGGGUUGCUGCCGUUCAAAACGAAGGAACACUAAUACUUGUGUCAUUCUGUCGGAUUAGUCGCCUGUGUAUAUAGUCAGCACCGACGAUCAUGGCCAAGCCUGGUAUGGGCCAACCACCAGUGUCAGACGGGGGCUUUCAGGGCUGGAUCGCCGUCCUGACCUUGUUGGUCAGAAACAUGAUUUGGAUCGGGAUCACCAAAGGUCUGGGUGUCAUGCUGCCCACACUGCAAGACCAACUGGCGUCGGAUACUUGGGUCCUCGGUUGGAUUGCGGCAAUGGUUAUCACCGUGAGUGGAAUAAUAGCUCCUUUUUCAGGAAUAUUGAACAGACGAUUUGGCGUAGGUUAUGUCAUAAUGGCGUGUGGCAUCAUGAUUGGCGUAGCUCCGAUUGUUGGGUCUUUUGUUGAAACAGCUGCUCAACUUGCCGUGGUGUACAUCUUAGCAGGUGUCGGUUUGGAAGUAUCGUGCGUUGUCGCCAAGGAGGCUGUAGGUCGACGCUUUACCAAGAACUACGCGACCGCCAGCGGCAUCGGCCGGACCGGUUACUCCAUUGGACUCUUCGUGUUCGCACCUCUGGUUCAGCUUUUACUCGACACCUACGGAUGGCGAGGGAGUAUGAUGCUUAUUGGCGGGAUCUGCUUGCACUUUGCCAUGUGUGGGGCCCUCCUCGUCACUUCAAACCAGGAUAAGCCCCAGUCAACGGAGUAUCAGAGAAUCUCUGAUCAGGAAUCCAAUUCUCAAACGAACCAGACUAAUCUUGCGCACCGUUGCAGUGAAUUACGCGAGAGUCUUCUCUGGAACUUUGAUUUAAGGCUGUUGGUUAAUGCACGCUUCUGGGCCCUGGCACUCUUGAUGUGCUGUACCAUAUUUGCUGACGAUAUGUGGAUAAUCUACUUCGUGUCGCAAGCGCAAUCCAACGGGUUUUCCACUGAGGACGCGGGAUUGUUCGUGGCAGUCGGAGGGGUGGGCAGCCUGGUCGCCAAAGUCUGCCAGGGACCUCUCACUGACCGCGGAGUGAUUUCUAGCUGGAGUUUGACGGGCACGUUCAUCAUCAUUGGCUCUGCUACGUACUGUGCAACUCCUUGGCUCACAUCCUAUUGGGCAAUGAUGGUAUCUGCAUCGAUGGUGUUAUUUUGUGGCGGCCUUAUUACCUGUCAGACUGAUGUUCUGAUUAAGCUUAUAUUGGGUGUAGAGUUGCUGUCGGGUGCCUUCGCAUGGAUGGCGCUGCUUACAUCAACUUUGGCAUUCACUAUGGGAUUUUUUCCUGGCUUGCUGUACGACCUAACGGGAAGUUAUACUGUUAGCUUUACGAUGGUAGGCGUUGUUCAGGCCCUGCCCAUUGUCCCACUCGCACUGCUGAGGUACUUCCAUGACAGCGCCAAAUAGGCACAACCUCAACCUCGUUACCAGGGUGUCGAGCAGUAGGCCUACGCUCCGAUCCCACCACUACCUUUUCUCUCACCCUGGUA